AUGGAAGGGCGCAGAAGAGCUUUGUACAAUUAUUCAUGGCAACAGUCGCCGAUAAAUAAACAUCGACGAGUAAAUCCACCCGAAGAAGAGAAGAAGAUUUUCGAUAACUGGUUUGAAGAAAAAGCAGACGAAUAUUUCCCAUGGAUCAGAGAUCAAGGUCUUGACGAUGAAACCAUUCGUAGUGCUAAUGCAUCUCGGAUAUCAUCUUCACCACCGUGCAAUCCAGAAAUGUACAGAGCUCUUUCACGUGUUUCUCCAAAGAUGAUCUUGAAACGAUUGCAAAGGCCAGAGCAGGACCGAAAAACAUUGGCAGAAGAAGAAGAGCAUAAAAAGACGGAACGUCUAGCAAACUUUACUCGUUACGAAAGAUCUCUUAAAGAAACUAGAAAAAUUAUCGAUAAGAUCAAAAAGGAGAAGCAAGAAAAAGUAAUGUUUUCCCAAACACAACACCAAAGGCUUUCCAAUCCUGUAGUAUUUCUAGAACACUCAGAAUGUAGCGCCUCGAAUGAAGUUUCAUCGUUUCAGAAAAAACCUUGUGAAGAACAGGUGGCAGCAAAGAUAGAAAGCGAUGUAUAUGAUGACAGAAAGUUGGAAAGCGAGUUGAAAUCUAAUUCGUUCUCAUCCACGAGGAGAACAAGUUGCGGUAGUAUUGGAGAGCAUUCAAAACAAACUACAUCAGAGCGAAAGCAACAAACGUCAAUAUAUCAUGAAGAUGAUGACAGCGAUAAUGAACUCCUUAGAUUGGCGCUUGAAAGUAGCCCGAUCCAGAAAUCGAAUUCAGCGCGAAAAAUUUUUUCAAAUGAAGAUGAAUUAAGUGAUGAAGCUCUGCUUUCGAUGAUGAUAUCAUCACCUGUNCCAAUUAUUAAGAAAUGA